GUGCACUAUUAGUGCACACCAAAACCAAAGCUGUAAACACCAGGAAGUGACUAUAGACAUGCUUGACUGCUAGAGUAACGGAGGUGUUAUCUAAAGUUCACAGCUGUAAGCAGUGAAGCGCGACUGUCAGCUGGACAAUUCAGACCAUUCCUAAGAGCUUUGUUGUUGUGGUGUGAUGGAAACGAGUUUCCUACCAACUCUGUCUGUGACAUGGAGUCUAGUCGUACUGGUGGUCACUCUUUUGUUUAUUUACGGUGUUUGGCCGUAUCGAUUUUUUAAAAACCUGGGGAUCCCAGGACCAAGGCCAUGGCCCUUCGUGGGAACCUUCUUGUCCUACAUAAAGGGUUUUUACCAUUUCGAUAUGGAGUGCUUCAAGAAAUAUGGAAAGGUUUGGGGGGUAUAUGAUGGAAGACUGCCAAUUCUGAUGACCUUGGAUCUCGAAAUGAUCAAGGCUAUUAUGAUAAAAGAAUGUUUCUCUACCUUCACUAAUAGAAGGGACACAAAUAUGGAAUUGGCUGGUCCCUUCACUGAUGGCAUAACUAUAGCAAAAGAUGAAAAGUGGAAACGAAUCCGUGCUUCGCUCUCUCCAUUCUUUACAAGUGGACGACUUAAGGAGAUUUUUCCUAUUGUUGAGAAAUAUGCAGAUCGCUUAAUUGACCAUCUGAAGAAGAGAAAGCCAGAAGAAGCGAUCAAAAUUAAAGAUGCUUUUGCUCCCUAUUCCCUGGAUGUGGUCACCAGUGCCUCCUUCAGUGUUGAAAUUGAUUCCAUUAACAGCCCUGAUGAUCCGUUUGUCAUCCAGAUCAAGAAAUUUUUCAACUUCAACUUCUUCAGUCCCUUGUUCCUGUUAAUUACCAUCUUUCCCAGUGUGGCUCCGGUUUUAGCCAAAAUGGGGGUGACCUUGUUUUCAAAAUCAUCUAUGGAGUUUUUCUAUGCUGCGCUGAAAAAGAUCAAAGAUCAGCACAACAUGGAUGAAAAAGUGUGUGAAAGGCGAGUGGACUUCCUGCAGCUCAUGAUCCAAAGCCAGAUAUCUGACGAGCAAGCUGAGAAGGCCGACGAUCAACCGACCAAAGGCUUGACCGAUCACGAGAUUCUUUCCCAGUCCUUCAUUUUCAUCCUGGGAGGCUAUGAGACCACCAGCACCACCCUCACUUAUCUACUGUAUAAUCUUGCAACUAAUCCUGACUGCAUGAGCAAACUGAUGGAGGAGAUCGACACAACCUUUCCUCAUGAUGCUCCAGUGACAUACGAUGCGUUGAUGAAGUUUGAGUACCUGGAAAUGGCCAUUAACGAGUCGAUGCGUCUGCUCCCUACUGCUCCCCGUCUGGAGAGGGUUUGCAAGAAGACUAUAGAGCUCAAUGGAUUCACCAUUCCUAAAAACACUCUGGUCGGAAUUCCUACAUACGUUCUGUACAGGGAUCCACAGCUCUGGGAAUCUCCUGAAGAGUUCAGACCAGAGAGGUUCAGUCCCGAGAACGACAUCAACCCUUACACGUUUAUGCCGUUUGGUCUCGGGCCUCGUAACUGUGUGGGAAUGAGGUUUGCUCUGCUGAUCAUGAAACUGGUGAUCGUGAAGCUGCUGCAGAACUUCACUGUGGAGACGUGCAAAGAGACGCAGAUUCCCAUUCAACUCAAUGCUCUCUUUCAACCAAAAGUUCCUGUGACUCUGAAGUUCAUUCCAAGAACUCACAAUGAAGGAUAGUUCAGCAGGAUUUCAUUGUAGCCGUGAUUUUAUUACACUAAUCAUUAAGUUGGAUCACUAAGUUUUCAUAUAUAUCGUUGAUUAAUUGAAGAUUUACUAUUUCAUUAAAGGCUAUCAUUUUCUACUCAAUUAAGGGAGAAUAUUUACAUGUUUGGUACAAAUAUUAAUCCAUAAGAACACAUUUUAGCAGUACAUGACAGUGCUCUAUACGAUGCCUUGUCUGUUUUAUACUCCUAUUUUAUAUUGAAUAAAUAAUUCAAUAUGCAUGGAGGAAAA